AUGGGCCAACCAAAUGAUGCUGUCUGUUCACACUUUAAACCUGAGCGUCUAGAAAAUAUUUUAGAUUUAUCCGAUGAUGGGAAAUUCAGAGUUAAAGGUGUGAGUUUGCUCACAGACAUCCCCACCAAUGUCUCUUUCACUGAAUACUCAGGUUUCUGUAAAUCCUCUGAUUCAGAUGCACCUCCUGCCUUACUUCGCUUUGUCGAUUCCAUUUCCUAUAGAGGAGGCUUCUUGGGCUUCCAAGUAGAGGUGCCCUCUGAUAGGCUAACUAACUCACUAGGGAAAUUCACUGACAGGAAUUUUCUUAGCAUAUUUAGGUUCAAAGCAUGGUGGUCUUCCCAAUGGGUGGGAACUAAUGGGUCGGAUCUAGAAAUGGAGACUCAAUGGGUUCUUUUUGAAGUUCCCGAGAUCAAGUCCUAUGUUCUCAUUGUGCCUAUAAUUGAGGGUAGUUUUAGGUCUGCCCUUCACCCAGGGGAUGAUGGGCAUGUCUUGAUCUGUGCCGAGAGCGGUUCCACCCAUGUGAAAUCAUCAUCUUUUAAGUCCAUAGCUUAUGUUCAUGUUAGUGAUAACCCUUACAACAUAAUGAGGGAGGCCUAUAGCGCUAUUAGGGUUUACCUUAAUACAUUUAGGCUCCUAGAAGAGAAAUCUAUCCCAACAAUAAUAGACAGAUUUGGUUGGUGCACUUGGGAUGCUUUUUACUUGACUGUCGAUCCUUCUGGUGUAUGGGGUGGGGUCAACGAUUUUGCUGAGGCCGGAGUUCCUCUUAAGUUUCUGAUCAUCGAUGAUGGGUGGCAAAGCAUCAGUUUCGAUAGCGAUGAACCUCCUCAAGACUGCAAGAACAUAGUCCUUGGUCGGGAACAAAUGACAGCAAGACUUUACAGACUUGAAGAAGGAGAAAAGUUCAGAAAAUACAAGGCAAGAUCCUUGCUUGCUCCCGAUGCUUUUGCUUCCUAUGAUCCCAUGAGGCCAAAGAAUAUAAUUGCCAAAAGCAUCGAGAUCAGGGAGACCAACAUUGCAAGGAAUAAAGCAAAUGAGUCCCAGAUGUCACUGCUGGAUGUAAAAGUUGAUAAGUUGAAGCAAGAAUUACAUAUGAUGUUGAAAGAUGUUAGAAUAUAUGACGGAAAGGCCUGCAAAGAUGAAGCAUGCGGUAUGAAGGCAUUUACCAAAGAUCUCAAAACUAAGUUUAAGGAUUUGGAUGAUAUUUGGGUAUGGCAUGCCCUUUGUGGUGCUUGGGGUGGUGUAAGGCCGGGAGCAACCCAUCUUAAUUCUAAGGUGAUGCAAAUUAGAAUUUCCCCUGGACUUGAUGGGGUGAUGGAGGAUGCUGCUUCAGUAAGAAUAGCCGAAGGUGGGAUUGGACUUGUUCAUCCCGAUCAAGCCACUAACUUCUACGAUUCAAUGCAUGCUUACCUUGCUAGUGCAGGUAUUACAGGUGUUAAAGUGGAUGUUUUUAAUACCCUUGAAUACUUGUGUGAGGAUUAUGGAGGUCGAGUCGAGCUUGCAAAGCGUUACUAUGAUGGGCUAACAAAAUCAGUGAAGAAGAACUUCAGCGGCAUCAACAUACUCUCAAGCAUGCAACAAUGCAAUGACUUCUUUUUCCUUGGAACCAAACAGAUAGCGAUGGGGAGAGUAGCUGACGACUUUUGGGGAAAAGAUCCUUAUGGUGACCCGGAGGGAGAGCUAUGGCUACAAGGGUUGCAUAUGGUUCAUUGCUCCUACAAUAGCUUAUGGAUGGGUCAGAUAAUUCACCCUGAUUGGGAUAUGUUUAUGAGUGAUCAUGUCUGUGCGAAUUUUCAUGCUGUCUCACGGGCCAUCUGUGGUGGACCUGUAUAUGUGAGCGACUCUCUUGGAUGCCAUGACUUCAAUCUCCUCAAGAAACUCGUUUACCUUGAUGGAACCAUCCCUAUAUGCCAACACUUUGCUCUCCCUACCAGGGAUUGCAUCUUCAAGAGCCCUCUUUUCAACAACACUGUCCUCAAGAUUUGGAACUUCAACAAGUAUGGAGGAGUGAUUGGGGCUUUCAAUUGCCAAGGAGCGGGUUGGGAUCGGAAGGAGAGAAGGUUCAAAGGUUACAAACAAUAUUACAAAACUAUAGAAGGUUCAGUUCAUGUAAAUGACAUAGAAUGGGAUCAGAAGUUGGAAGCACUGAAAAUGGGUUAUGCUGAAGAAUAUGCAGUCUAUCUGAAUCAAGAAAACUUUGUUGUUUUGGUGAACCAUGAAUCUGAUCCUAUUCAAGUUGUGCUAAAACCAUCUUCCUUUGAGCUUUAUAGCUUUGUACCCAUCAAGAAAAUCAAAGAAAAUGUAAAAUUUGCACCUUUUGGUUUGACAAAUAUGUACAACAGUGGAGGAACAAUCCAGGAAUUAGACUACAAAGAAGAGGGCAUUGCCAAACUGAAGAUAAAAGGAAGAGGGUCUUUCUUGGCUUACUCAAAUACAUCUCCAAAGAUUUGUAUGGUGAAUGGAGUUGAAGUUGAAUUUAUAUGGACUCACCAAAACAAGAUGGAAUUUGACAUUCCAUGGGUUAAUGAAACUUGUGGUGUUUCUGAAGUGAUUGUUCGAUUUUCAAUUUAA